AUGCUUUCCAGCUCGGCGGCGGACCCCACGCUGCUUGGGGUCGAGGAUACCUAUUACCGCGCGAUGACGCAGCAGCUUCGCGGGGAGCUGGAGGACGCCCGAGGGCGGCUCCGCGAGGCCGAGGCCAAGCUCCAGCUCUCCGAGCAGGAGCGGCAAGGGUGGGAGGGGAAGUAUCGACACCUGCUGGCGGAGCAGGCCCCGCGCGGGGGCAUCCCGCCGGACGCCGCGGAUCUCCUCCGGCGGCUUACCCUCAAGGAGGAGGCCAUCACCGCGCUCAAGCGGACGGUCGACGAGCAGGCGGCGAAGCUUUCGGCGGCGAAAGACGCCGCCGCCGCGCACACGGCGGGGAUGAUGCUCGUCAAGCAUCAGCUCAAAACCCUCCAGGAGGAGCUCACUCGCAAAUCUAAUGAGCGACGCGAGGCGGUCGAGAAGCUCGCCGUGGCGGAGGAUAAACUCGCACUGCAGAUCCAAACUCGCGCGGACCUAGAGAAUGAGAUGGAGGAGCUCCGUUCCCAGAUCACCUUGCUCCAGCUCGCCAGCCAAGGCAAGCGGCAGGACCGCAAGGACGAGGAGGACGCCACUGGCCAUUCGCUUUCCCUUUCCUUCGGCUCCAACGGCUCGGUUGAUCGCAUCAUGCAGCUGGAGAACGAACUCGACGAUGUGCGAACGCAGCGCAACACCCUCCAACGGCAGCUGCUCGCGCUGCAGCGGCAGGUAGCGACGAUGCCCUCCGCGUUGGCGGAUCCGACGGCCGCGAACGACACCCUCAAGGCGCAUCUUCGUCAGCUCGAAAAGGAGAAGGAGCAGCUGCAUAAGCAGCUUUCCGAGGUCCUGGAGCGGGUGGAGAUCGUGCAAUACCGAAAUGACGACAGGGCCGGCGUUGAGGCGGCGGGGGCGACGGAGCGGAUGCCGGAAUCGACGCCGGCCACCGCCACGCACAUGCCGCGCCCGCCGAGUGAUCGCUCGCGGCGGGAGCUCGUGCUGCUCUCCUCCCUUCUUUUACAGUACGGCUGUCGAAAUCUGCUGCUUCAACAGCAUCAGGUGCUUCUGCAUGGGAGCCGUGCCCAGGAGGCGCGGGCGCUCGCGGCGCGGCAACGCGCGAUGCGUCUGAACCCCGCUCGCGACGGGGAGGCCGAGGAUGGCAAAGGGGAAGGCGGGUUUAGCGGAUCGCUGCUCACCCGUCAGCGGCUGGAGGUGGAGCAGGGGCUGCUGGAGACGGUGAUUCACGGCCGCCGCCCGCUGCCGCCGCCGCCGCCACCCCCGGCCAAGGAGGAAUCCGUCGGAUCCGAAUUCUGGCGUUGGUUAGGUUCGAAGAAGAAAAGCCAAAAGCAGGUUUGUGUGUGA